CGCAGUAUAAAUUAGGAAUGUUUAUUUGGGACACAAGGCCUUAAAAGCGGAACUCUAGUGCUACACGUUGGUCUUCCCGCUCAUCUCCAAUUUUUUCCUUCAUCUCACACAGACCGUGAGUGACCCAGGUCACAUCAGGACAGGUCAGGGCAGGCCUUGCUGUGGAUCCGUGGUGGAGACUGUGGACUUGUGACCUGACACACCAUCAUGCCUUUCAAUUCUCGCAGCAAAGUUUACAUUCUGGGAUAUGCAGGCAUUGUCCUGGCAACCGUCGUUGGUUCCAUUGGACUGGGCGCUCCGGGCUGGUUCAUCGCAAGUCCGCAGACAGGCGUUGAGGCGUUUGCGGGUCUGUGGCAAUUUUGUCUCCGCGGUCAAGGAGAGUUUGACUGUACUUACAUUGACUACACAUCAUUCGACAAUUACCAAAAGGCCACCCAGGCUAUGGCGUGUAUUGGGGUGGCCCUCCUGAUUGCGUCUACUCUGUACGGACUGUAUGUCAAUGCAGUAUCCACAAAUUCUCCAUCAUCACCUUACGUUGAGAUCCUUGCCUUGUUGGGCGGUGUGUGCCUUUUUAUCGGCUGCAUGGUGUGGGUAGGUUAUAAGUAUAAGCUUAACCCCGAUCCACCCGAUACAGAGGUCAGUUUGGGUUACGCCAUGAUAAUGGCUACUAUUGGCUCUGUCCUCGCUAUUCAGGCUUCUGUGUGUGUGGCAGUAGGAAGCCGGAGAAAUGGAUCCUACCAGCAAAUUCAAUAGCAUGUGAUUUUCCCUAUGUUGUUAUUCAGUAGUUAAUGACCAACAGAGGCGAGGUAAAGGCUCUCUGUAGGAGUAACGAUUGUAUGUUUGUUUUAUUUUGUGGUUUUGUUUGUGUUUUUAUAUUUAGGCUCAGCUUACAUUUGAGUCCGUAAAAAAUAGACAAAGUAACUUGAACUUUCAAGCUUUCUUUUUGUUUUCACUGCUGUUGAUUGUUAGACAAUAUCACAAAAAUAGGCUAAAAAGAAGUCUGCAAACUGUGCAAGCCUGUAAACCAGCAUGUCUGAGAAGGUAAUUGAAAGCUUCAUCAUAAACCUCUCACAUUUGUGAAUUCUCUGUUGCUAUGUAAAAUAUAUUAUUUAUCUUGAUAAAUUACAAUGAGCCUAUGUAUGUGUAUUUUGUUUUUGUUUGUUUCCUUUUUGAAAUAGCGGUAUAUUUAGUCUUUAAUUGAUAGAGAAGGUGGGUUUAGGCUUGACCGACCUAAACAGGCCUAGAUGGACAGGCUUAUUCAUCCAGCGAUCUGCCUAGUGACCUACAAUCAUCUGUAAUAAUCCGCAACAGUCUGCGAGUAGCCACAAGAAUCGGCUCCACCAUCUGCCCAGCGGCCUGCAAUCAUCUGCCCAGCUACCGGCUCAGCCAUCUGCGAUCAUCAACUCAGUCACCACUUCAAUCACCUCAGCUAUCCUCACGCGUUCAUUCGGUUUGACUAGUUAACACCACCAUUCAUCACAAGACACCAGUCCCCUGGUACAACAACCUGAUGGUUGAGAUCGUCGUGUCAGGAAGAAUCCAGACA